AUGUUGAAUUUCUUUUCGCUCGCGCACGUUUGGAAACCAGCUCCAGAUUUUCUCUACGAGUCCUGCUACCGUAUUUUUCCCGUCAAGAUAGCGGCAUGGACGUGGACGAGACCACGCCCGGCCCAGCCACGUCUCACAACAUUUUACAAGCCAUCCAGGCUCUUCAACGAAAGGUGGACUCUGCCUCCCGGAAAUCUGCCAAGCCCGAAAACUCCCCCUCCUUCAAGAGUGAGGGAAACAAGCAGCAAUACGACCACGCCCAAAAAAAAAUUUCAGUGCAUUGACGACGCUCUACAUUCGCUGGAGGAUAUCGAUAUCGAGGCCGCAAAGGAGCGUCUACUCGAGGCAUCCGCCCUCCUUACUCAGAGGCAGAAACUGAUUCGCCUGGCAGACCGCUCCCCUUUGGGCUGGGCCACAGUCAAAGAGUAUAUCGCAGACGACCUCGCGGAGAAUUCCGAUGACGAAAAACGUCUCAGAAAGGCGGAGAAGGCUGCAGCCACCAAAAGGGCCGAAACAGCCAAAAAGUCAAAGAUUCAGCCCCCCUUCCGGGCCCCCCGCUCUUCUGUACCUCCUCACAUUAUGCCUGGGACUUUUCGUCGCUUCAACCCCUACCGUCCUGAAACCCGCAUCUGCUUCCAGUGUGGCAUCGCCGGUCACGUCCGCCCCAACUGCCCCGCUCUGCGAGCCGCUAGAAGUGCCGUCAACCAGCAACAGCCAUCCAAGGCCCCCUUCUAGUGCCCCACCCGCCUCAUCUCUCGACCCGCCUUCAGGCGUGCAAG